AUUCCAAAUAGAUCCUGUUCAAAUAGGGAACAAUUAUAAAAACAAUUAUAAAAAUCACCAAAAGAUAAAAUCUUCGCCAUACUGGCAGCAACAGUAUGGCAGUGUACUUAUGUAUGUCGAGAUGGAAAAGGGGAAGAAAGGUGAUUUAAGUAACUGAACAUAGGCCAAUCCAUCUGGCACCAACAACAAAGCUGAGUUUCAGAAACUGCUGAUCCCCUUGGAGUUUCCUGCACAGCCAUCUGAAAAUAACUGAAAAUAUCCCGAGUUCAGAGAAAUGCAUAAACUGAAAGGAAGGCAACAGUAAUUCAAAUAAUUACUUGUUACAACCAAGGUAUGCAGAAGAGCAUCUCUGAACUCAAAACACAUUGAACCUUGAUGAAGAUGGGCUACAGCAGCAGGCGACUACAUCAGGUGACAGGAAACUGAGGCUCACCAAAAUAAAACAAUAUAAGAUGGGAAUAAUACUGGUAUGGCAUGCUGAGACUCCAUUUGUUCUGUGACAGGGGAUAUUCUAUUACCACUUUGGGAUGAACUAAGCAUUUAAACACCCACAGCCUGCCUCUGGCCAUGUCCAUCCCUGUGUGACAGAAGUUUACCCAUCUUCUAAUGGAUGGUUAACCACAAAGCUCAAAACAUCCAAGACAGGUUUCUUGAACACAACACAAACAAAUUGUCAUAUUUGUCUAAUAUUGAACUAAUAAUUGCAACUGAAGCAAGCAGCAAUAUCUACCAGCACAGUUUACAUUUAUUCCACAUGGCAGCAACUUUUCUGAUCCCUUAUAAGCAGUAUCAGUGAGUCUUACAGUUAUACUGCUAUAUAAAUUUGUUAUAAACUAGAUGGAAAUAAGCGAUUUGAUAAAAGUGCCUUCAUUGUGAAGCCUGCCCAACUAAUUGCUGCCAUGGUAACCAGCUUGUAUGGAAGCUAGAUCCUUGGUAGUUAAGCUAGUGUGACCAGGUAUCCAAGUAGCAAAGUGUUCAUGUGCUGCAGGGUAAGGAAUACGCCAACUCAAUGGAUGUCAUAGAGGAAAACAUGUCACCAAAGGAGAUGCUUGAGAAAAUAGCAGAGCUGGAAUACAGUCAGAGUCUGCUGAGAGAUCAAAAUGCUGACAUGAGGAAAUUGCUCGAUGGUGCAGAUGAUGACAUGGCAGCACUGGGUUCGGAGAAUAAGUCCCUCAGAAAACAAGUUGAAACCAUGGAGAAAGUUUUCCAAGACUUGCAACAGACUGAAGCGGAGCCUUGCAUAGCUCUGGAAGAUGACUUCGAGGCACAUAGACGGAAUGAAGAAAAGAUCCGUGAAUUGGAGAAGGAAUCCACUGCGAUGAAGAAAAAAUAUGAAAAGCUAGCUGCAGAGCUCAAAAGCCUCCAGCAAGAAAUAGAGCAGGACAAGCUCUCACUGAGCAACCUCAAGUCUGAAAUUCAGGAAUUGAAGUUUAAAAGGGAAGAGGACCAGUCAAACCUGGAGCACAAGGAUGAGGCUAUUCAGCUGAUAUACUUGCAAUUGAAUCAAUUAAGUGAAACUGUGGAAGAGUGCUUCAACAAUAUAAAGGACCUCAGGCAGACAACGCAGGAGCUGAGUAAGCAGUUGGAGGACAGACAAGAUGAGGCCACAUUUGACCUGAUGAGAGAGAAGGAACGAGUGCUCAACCGCCCUCUGUCCUUUGCAGAGGAAAUUAAACUGCUGGCCACAACAGCUGAAAUGAAUACCGGCAUGACAGACUCCACAAAUCAUGGAAAUGUAGAUGAGGAAGCUAAGACUGAGGAGCUGCUGAAACCUCAUCUUCCCACAGUUAAGCUUCAGUCUAAAAGAUGCCCAGGUACCUUGGAGAAAGCCAUCUGGAGAGUGGGUUUCUUUAUGCUGUGCAUCUUCAUUCUCAUGAUUAUAGCCUUUGUGGCUUCAGGAUGCUUUGCAGGAACAUCUGACUUCUCUUCCAUCACCACUUUGUGGACUAGCGCCCACCUGAUGUUACAGCCCUAUUGGAGUGUACAAUAUGGGGCCUUGCCUCCCAUUUGAGCUUAACUCUCCCUCUGGUCUACUCUUGUAUUUUAGUAUUUCUUUUGUAAACAUGAGUUCAGAAAACAAACAAAUAAAACUUCUCAUGAUGCAUUAA